GUGCUCUUUGGUGAACUGUGGCUGUGGCGAAUUUUUUGCAUUGUUUGUGCUGGAGAAAUAAUAUUAAAUUUUCAAGAUUUCCGUUAAAGUUAAUCACUAAUUUACAUAGCACUAUGGUGCUCUAACUACACUGGAAAAGUCAUCCCAAUAAAAGAAAAAGGACCAAGCUCACAACAUGUUCCAGAAACAGACUUUUGGAACUACCAGCACUGGAUUCGGCUCGUUCAACGCGGGGGCCAGCACGGCGUCCCCGUUCAGCGGGUUCAAACCCACGGCCAGCACCAGCGCGUUCGGCGCGCCGCCGGCCUUCGGCGCCAACUCCACCCCGCAAGCCACCACUGGCGGAGGACUAUUCGGCUCAACCAAUACAACAGGCGGACUAUUCGGCAACACCGCUACGCCGUCCACCUUCGGCCAAAGUAGCGGAUUCGGCUUUGGAGCUAACACGUCAGGCGGAGGUCUUUUCAGCAACAAUGCUGGCACCGGACUAUUCGCUGGUAACCAAAACACUAGCGGUUUUGGCGCUAAACCAGGCGGUUUUGGUUUCGGGAGCACCACCACAACUGGGACCACCGGUGGACUAUUCGGCUCCGCGCCCUCCACGUCUAGUGGACUAUUCGGCCAACAGAACACCACACUCGGCGGCACUGGACUAUUCGGAAAUACUACAGGCGGCUUCGGCCAGCAGGCGGCUACGGGCACCGCCCACGUGAAAUACAACCCCGUGGUGGGCACGGAUGUGGUGGUCAAAUCUGGGACCUCGCAGAAUGUAAACAUCAAGCACCACUGCAUCACUUGUAUGAAGGAAUAUGAGUCAAAGUCGCUUGAAGAGCUCCGAUUGGAGGACUACGCAGCGGGCCGCAAGGGAGCUGCCGGAGGAAUGUUCGGAGGCUUCCAACAGACAGAGAAUAAACCUUUGUUCGGAGGUUCCACGUUCGGCCAGCCAGCAACAACCAGCGCGCCUAGCCUCUUCGGCGGCGGCAUCGGCUCCACACCCGGCUUCGGCCAGACCAAUACGUUUUCGUUCGGCAGCAACGCACAAGCGAACACGAGUACCACAGGUCUAUUCGGAGCAAACAAACCUGCUUUCGGUGCCGCCUCCACUACUGGCACUACUAGUCUGUUUGGAGCGACAACGACUCAAGCGCCGGCCUUUGGAACCAACACAUCAAGCUUUGGCUUUGGGAGCAACACUCAGAAUCAGAGUGGAGGCCUUUUCGGCGCUAAGCCAGCGACUACAGGUUUCGGCGCGACGCCCGCUAGUACGGGCUUCGGCGCGUUCGGCGGGGGUGGUCUUUUCGGCGCAAAACCACAGCAAACCACCGCACCCACUUUCGGCUCCACCGCGCCUGCCUUUGGUACAUCAACGGGUUUCGGCACCAACACAACCGGUUCCAACCUGUUUGGCGGCAACACAUUCGGGAAACCGGCAACCACGCAACCGUCCUUCGGGUUCUCGCAACCAACUUUGGGUCUCGGCACAGGGCUGGGCACGUCGUUCCAGAACAAGCCAGCGGCGCCCGCCUUCGGCACCCUAGGCGGCGGCUCUAUGUUCUCACAACCCAACGCCGCUGCCAACAACACCUUCAGAACAGGCCUGGACUCGGGUUUGGGAGGCGGCGGUCUGUUCGGCAAUACGUCGACACUAGGGGGCACCAAUCUAGGAGGCCUUGGACAACUGAACGUGAACAAUAGUUUAACUGGUAGUGGUCUCUCCGGUGCGUCCGCGGCAGGCAACGUACAUGAGCACAUGCUGGCGUUAGCGGCCAGACCGUAUGGCAAUACUGGUCUCUUCAAAGACCUUCUGCCCGAAACAUCUUCAACAGCCGAAGACGCGCUGAAACCCACAAACCCUCGCGCCGUGAAAGCUGUAUUGGAUGGCGCGGCGUACCGAGUCACCUCCCCGCCGCCCACAGCUUCGCGGCUCAAAGUGUUCCCGCGCCCCGUCGCCUGUGCGAGAGACAAGAAAUCCCUAUUUGACGGCUUGGAAGAGUCGGAUCCUAGUAUAGAAGACAAAUUAACCUUGAAGCCUAGUAGAAAGCGUUUAGUGCUGCGACCUAAACCCAGGACGGAAGACAACCAGUCGCUCGAACAUACUGAUAACAGAUCAUUGGAAGAACAGAGAAGAGAAUCAAACGAAACCGCACAGAACCAGAAUCAACCGGUUUCGCAAUCGCAAGACGCGCAGGGCAAUAAAGACGACUUUUCCGCACGCAGCGACAAAGAACGCAUGGCAGAGAGAGACGGAGAAAAUAAUAAUUCCGAGGGAUCAUACGACAAGCGGAACAGUUGGUUGGGUCCCAAACAAGGGUGGAGCGGGAAAGAGAAACCAAUUGAUAACGAACCGACACCCAGAUUGUAUCCCAAUUUAGAUAAAGAGUUGCCAAUGCAAAUUUCUGAAAGACGAGCCAGCUGGUUAACGACUAAAACCCUCCGCAAACCGCCGAUAAUGAGUCAAGACUCCGCGGAAAACUCCGUUCGAGAACUCGGCCUGCGCUCCGAGAGGAGUAUAGAGGAUAAAGAGAACAUCGACACUUUCUCUGUAUCUGAAGGGGAGCACGCGCCGCCCAGGGACGCGCCGCCGCACCCGGCCGGGGUCAAGCUGACCCGCGCGGGGUACUACACCAUCCCGUCUUUGGAGGAGAUGAUCAAUUACAUACGACCGGAUGGUAGGUGCGUGGUACCGCACCUCACCAUCGGCCGUAAAAACUACGGCAAUGUCUACUACGAUUGCGAGAUUGACGUCACUGGCUUGGACCUAGACUCUUUGGUCCAUUUCCUGAACAAAGAAAUAAUCAUCUACCCGGAGGACGAGGACAAGCCGCCAGUGGGGCAAGGCCUGAACAGGCGUGCUAUCGUCACAUUGGAACGCGUCUGGCCAAGAGACAAAACUGAGAAGAGACCCAUCACCGAACCUGACAGAUUGUUGAAGAUGGACUAUGAAGGCAAGUUACGUCGGGUGUGCGACAAGCAUGACACUAAAUUCAUCGAGUACCGUCCUCAGACCGGCAGCUGGGUGUUUAGGGUGGAACACUUCAGCAAAUACGGCUUGACCGAUUCUGAUGAAGAGGAGGACAUAGCGCCCGACGUGAUGAGGCGGCAGCUCGUCACCCAAACCCAGACUUCUGCACCGCCCACUCAAACCCCACCAGUAGCAACUUCCGCAGCAGGUCCCAGCUCGGGCUCCAGCAUGGGCCUAGGCGGUUUAGGAGGCCUGGGGGAAUCAGGGGGAUUAGGAGGACUAGGUGGGUUAGGUGGAUUAGGGGGACUGGCCAACCUAAGCAAUCUGACUGGCACGAGUGGCCUGGCGCCGUCGGAUGAGUUCUUCGCGAUGCAGCAAAUGCAACAAACUUCGCUUAACUUGAUGGAGGGAAGUUCCAGAGUUUUCGACGCGGAGACUGUGGAAGAUAAUAACGAAGCGCAGAGCCUGUACGAUGAUAAUAGAGCGUUCGGAGUGAAGAGUCCGACGAGUGAGCUGGCGCGUUUGGAGCACAGACAGAGCCACCACGUGCAGCUGAUGAAGGCGUCGCUGUACGCGGACACGGAAAUGGAAGACGACGCUUCAGUAUCAACUGGCGAACAAUUGGUUCCACACCCUAAGACCAGCGUCGUAAGGUCGACAAUCAAACAACCCACAUCGACCACUAUACAUGACAAGAGCUAUGAAGACAUAUCUCCUUCUUUACUUGCCCAGAGCGAAGAAGUCAUAAUGCGUCCUCUAAUAGUGCAGCCACACACUAUCGUUUUGCGCUACCACAGAAAAGUACCACCUUUCAAGGAGACCAUCGCAGGUCGCGUGGACGCAGCCUACUUCGCCGAUAUGUCCGUUUGCCGCGCCCGGCACAGUCGCAUCGGUUUCGGGCCAGCCGGCACUAUGGCCUACGUCACUACCGCUGACUCCAUCAACGAUCUGCCCAAAAACGCUGAGCUGAGUGAGCUGGGUAACUACAUGUUGGGUCGCGCGGACAACGAUUGGAGCGAACCCAGCGUCGCACGACUGGCGGUCGGACGACCGGAAUCCAAUGUCGUGUCUGACACGCUAGCCCGCCAGCUGGCAAGUCUGCUGGAGCUGUCGACAGUGUCCGACACGGACCCGACACGACCGGACGUGUGCCCGCGACUUGUCGUACGCGACUCACCUCAAGACCGCCGCGAGUUGUUGAAGCGAUUACUCAAUGACGCGAGCAAAGCCAGGGAAUAUAGUACUAGUUUCGGCGUGUCAAGCGAAUAUAGUCUACAAGUGUGGAAGUUGUGUGAAGCGCUUUGGGGCGCUGAUUUGGAUAAUGAUGGUGUGCCGGGAACAGACAUACAGUCAAAAGUGCAUCGCCACAAAUGCCUGCUUCAGUGGUUAAAGGAUGCUGUGUCUGAAAUCACUGAUAAGGAGCUAUCUAAAGCCAGGCGGGGAGAACCGGAGGAUGAGCUGGACGGUCACAGUGCACGAGUGUGGACGCUGUUGUUGGGAGGGAGGGUACUAGAAGCCUGUAAAUUGUCAAAGGAGUGUGGAGACUCCAAUAUGGCUACCCUUAUUGCUCAGGCCACAGGAGAUCCAGCCUUCAAGUCUCUGAUAGAUCGUCAGCUCCAUACUUGGCAGGAAUGCGGGGCGGAGUCUCUCAUAGCCCUCAGUCGCAGGGCUACCUUGUACUUACUGGCAGGCGUUCGCCCCGCCGGCCAUCUUGAGCCCCUCGACUGGAUACGUGCUUUGAGGGCUACAGCUAGUUUCCUCUGCCCCCAAAUCCCUACCCUGGAGCAAAUAAUACGAACCUACGAAGGCUACUUCAGCAGCGCGGAGGACUUGGACCUUACGUCGUUGCCAGAAGACGAGAUGGGCAUGCAGUUCCCCUCUCCGCCCUAUGACGACACGUAUACAAUUAUUACCAAAGAUGGCACAAAACGACGCGUUCUCGACCUCCGAUACGAGUUAAUACGGGCGCGCGCGUUCAACGCUCGACCCAAACUGAGCCCUUCCACCUACACGCCCGAUCCUUUCGACUACAGUCUGAGUUUCCUGCUCGGCGCGUGGUUCGGAAACCCAUCAGAGAUCUCCAUAGCCGGCGCAGCAGAGCAGUUGGAGGCUCAGGGCAACUGGCACCUCGCCGUGCAAGUGCUGGCCUACCAUCCCAACGAUGUCGCACGUGGCCAUCUUAUUCGCGGUGUCAUAUCACGUCACGCGCCAUCCAAAGCUGACACCCCGGAACUGAAGAGUCGCUUGGACCUUAUAAGGAAGCUAGGGGUCCCGGAAAAGUGGCUACUGCUGGCUCAGGCGUCUAGAGCCAAAUAUGAGCGCAAGCCGUCAUUGGAGGUGCAGUACUUGGUGGGAGCCGAGGAGUGGAACUCGGCACACAGGGUGCUGAUUGAUGAACUGCUUCCAGAAGCCGUUCUCACUGAUAACUUCGAAAGCAUAAAGGGUAUCCUGGAGAAAAUGAGUGCAGCGGCGGCGCGCCAUGAAGUCAGUGGAUGGGAGAGCGGCGGGGAGGCGCUGUAUCUGUAUGUCAAAGUGUGUGACGAGAUACGCGGGUUAGUGAGCGAGGUGGAGGUGAGCCCCCCUUCCAGCGGGGGGGUUACGGCGCGGCUUGAGGCGCUCCGCCCCGAGCUCGCGGCUGCCUGCCGGGCGCUAAAGGGGCUCAGCCCUAAGACAGCGCGCCACGCCGCGGCCCGCGCGGAGAUGGGUUCCCGUUUCGUGCAGCUCUCGCUGGCGGCUGGCGAACCAACACCGCAUUUAGCCGCCCUACUAAAACAACUACGUCUGCCGCCCGACUGCGCCGCACAAGCCGUGCACAAGAUUACAACAGAUUUAGCAGAAAAAGCAUCGGAGCUAUGCAUCGAUUCUACGGCUAGUUCGCCGCUCUCUUCACACCAACGGGCGGCGAUCAGAAGUUAGAGAGAGACGGGUGUACUUCCAUACAUUUCACCUUGACACUUUUGGCUUAGUAUCACCAGCGUUGAUUAUGGACAGAUAGAGUAUCGAAACACUUCAGUGUCAAAGUAAAAUGGACCUUCAGUCCUUGUUUUAAAUCACAAUUUCGUUCAUCAUUCAUCUACAACCAAUUAUCCAAGCACUUUUUGAAAUUCAAAUCGUUGGUACUGAAUUUUUCACUUUAAGUCGAGAAUAUUUAGGUCUAUUUUACUUUGAAGUUAUUGUUUCGACGCUUAAUUUUUUUUUUAAAUUCACAUACACUUGACUGCUCUCACCUGGUGGUAAGUGGUGAUGCAGUCCAAGAUGGAAGCGG